UUUCCUCCAUUUACAUUUUCUUUACACUGAACCAUCACUGAGAGAGUGCGCUUCACACAAUAAACAAAAAAAAAUGGCUAGGCAAUUUGCUAUUGUUGCGAUCUGCAUCGUCCUCAUCGCCGGCGUCGGAGGUCAAGCUCCGUCGUCACCACCAACCACCACACCAGCACCACCCACCACAACAACUCCCCCGCCAGCAGCCACUCCUCCUCCUGUCUCAGCUCCUCCACCAGUCACAACUUCUCCUCCUCCAGCCACCACCGCUCCUCCUCCUGCUACUCCUCCUCCAGUCGCUUCUCCUCCUCCGGCCACUCCUCCUCCAGUGGCAACUCCUCCUCCAGCAACUCCCCCUCCCGUCGCAUCUCCUCCUCCAGCAACUCCUCCACCCGUCGCAUCUCCUCCUCCAGCAACGCCUCCUCCAGCUCCUCUUGCAUCUCCUCCCGCUCAGGUUCCAGCUCUUGCUCCUACGACGCCAGACGCUCCCUCUACAUCUCCGUCGUCUAGCCCGCCUCUCCCGGCCACUGAUGGCCCUGGACCGAGCGCCGAAGGGCCAGGACCUUCCACAGAUUCGAAUGACCAGAAUGGAGCAAGCAAGACAGUUUCAAGCUUGGUACUUGGAUCUGUUCUCGUUUGGUUUAUGAUCUAAGCGUGGGAGCCUUUCGCUCGGUGUUCCUUGCAUUUGUUUUCAUGUUGAUGUUUGUUUGUUCCAUUGUUAUUACUUUCGGAACCGUAUUCUUUUGGAUUAUUAUCUUUUGGAGAAAAUAUUAUUGAGACUUGAGAUGGAGAUAUCAGGAUAUAUUUCGUUUGGAGAUAUUUUGUGGCUUCUUCCCUUCUCAUUCUAUUUGAUUAUUAGUGUACUAAAUUGCUUUCUUCCAUGUC